AUGGCCAACUCCAGCCUCUCUCCACCGCAGUCACCAAUACCCUCAACAUCUGCCACAAGACCUCUACCGGCGAAUCGGGUCCAUACUGUCCCAGACAAAAUGGCAGUUAAUGGCCACUUCGCCUCUGCAGGCCAGAACGGGACCGCCGAUUUUGAACAUGGCGUUCAAGUUGUCGACGAGGACAAGGAAUUCAAUAUUGAUUUAGCAAAGUAUCUGAACUUCUCCGGAGUCUCCCGUGCCGGCUUUAACUACCAUCUCAUCUCGGUCUUCGGUUCGCAGUCGACCGGCAAAUCCACACUGCUCAAUGCUCUCUUCAAUACCGAUUUCUCAGUGAUGUCCGAAGCAGACAGACGUCAGACCACCAAGGGAAUAUGGUUGUCGAAGAACAAGUCCACGUCGACCAAAAUGGCAGAUAACAUCCUCGUCAUGGAUGUGGAAGGAACUGAUGGUAGGGAAAGAGGAGAAGAUCAGGAUUUCGAACGGAAAAGCUCUCUUUUUGCGUUGGCGACCAGCGAGGUGUUGAUGGUGAAUAUCUGGGAACAUCAAGUGGGGUUAUACCAGGGUGCCAACAUGGGACUGCUCAAGACCGUUUUCGAGGUCAACUUACAACUAUUUCUAAAGGACAAGAAGUCGACGUCACGGAGUCUGCUGUACUUUGUCAUUCGAGAUUUUCUGGGAACAACACCAUUACAGAAUCUGCGAAAUACCUUGAUGCAGGAUAUGGCUCGUAUUUGGACAAGUUUGUCAAAACCACCCGGAUUGGAAAAGAGCAGUAUCGACGACUAUUUUGAUUUCGCUUUCACUGCGUUACCACACAAGCUCUAUCAACCGGAACAAUUUACGGCGGAGGUGGCAAAAAUGGCCACGCGGUUCCGAGAUGGACAUCGUGAUCGCAGAAGGGACGCAUUAGUGGGAGAACUCGAAGGCGGCAUAUUCCUCCCGGAAUAUCAUCGAAGGAUACCCGCGGACGGUUUUUCACACUACGCGGAAGGAAUCUGGGAUCAGAUCGUGAACAACAAAGAUCUCGAUCUUCCCACUCAACAAGAACUCCUGGCCCAAUUCCGAUGCGACGAGAUUAUGAGAGAAGUCAUGGUUGCUUUUGACUCUACCAUAAUUCCUCUUGAGACUCAACAAUCAGACGCCACCAGGAUGGGAAAGCCGGAGAUCAUCUCCGGGCUUGGGGCUGCUAUGAAAACCGCGCGAGCGAAAUCGAUCAAGAAUUUCGAGACAGAGGCAAGCAGAUACCACAAGGGAGUCUAUCAGCGCAAGCGAACCGAGUUAGAAGGCAAGAUUGAUACAAGAUUGAAGGCUCUCUUUGCUGGUCAGCUCUCAGCUGCUCAUAAAGAAGGCGUUCAGCAGUUUUCCGACGCUGUUAGUGCCGCCGUCAAGGCUGGACAGAAAAAAGGAGCUUCGUACGAUUUUGCUGAAAUUGUCAAAGAGCAGAAGAAGAUCGCUCUCCACAAAUUCGAUUCCCUUGGCAAGGAAGCUAUUAUCGAGGGCUUACCAUGGUCAAAUUACAGACAAGAAAUGAUCCUUUACCAAAAGGAUUUGGAUAAAGUAUCUGGACAGCUACGUCGUGAUGAGAUGCGUCGGCUAGCCACAAGAGUUGAGAGAUGGGUAAGGAGUAAAUUGAAUGACAGCAUCGGCCUGGAAUUCAAUGCCCUUGGUUCCGGCCGUGGCGGGUCUGGAGCUCCUGAAACUGGGGACAAACCGUCGGAGAAGGGUAUUUGGGACCGUAUCUGGGUCAUCUUUACUUCGACCGUACAAGACGCCGAAAAGCGAUUCGCCGACCGAGCGGCUUCGUUUGACGCUAGCAUCGAGGAAGUUGAGGUUGGUAUUUGGCGAUUGAGAAGGAAGUCCUGGGGAGUUCUCCGCUCCAAAAUCGACGAAGAAAUGAUGGAAGGUAAUCUCUUACUGAAACUUCGCGAAAAUUUCGAGGACAAAUUCAGAUACGACGAAACGGGUGUUCCCAGAAUAUGGCGCCCAACAGACGAUAUCGAGGGCAUCUACACCAAAGCUCGAGAGAGUACGUUGACCCUCAUCCCUCUCCUUGCUCGGUUCCGGCAUUCCCAAACCGGGGCACCUCCACCACUCGAUCGAUGGAUCGGACCAACACCCGCUGCCGCAACUGCCGCCGAUGAAGAGGAUCUGACGCCCAUCGGCGGCGUAGAUGAGGAUGAAGGAAAGAGCUUGGAGGAAGAAACCACGAUUCUCAACGACGCCAAACGUCAAGACCUGACCGUUAGAUUCAAGAAGGCUGCUGACGGGGUGUAUGUUGAAGCCAAGCGUAGUGCGAUUGGUGGAAUGACCCAAGUACCUCUUUAUUUCUACGGUCUGCUCCUGGCUUUGGGCUGGAACGAAAUAGUAGCUGUCCUUCGCAACCCUGUCUAUUUCAUGUUCCUGAUCAUCCUCGCUCUCGUCGCUUAUGUCACAUAUACCCUGAACCUAUGGGGUCCGAUGUUGAAAAUGGCAAAUGCAGCCUCUCAGCAAGCCCUUGAAGAAGGAAAGAAACGAUUACGAGAAUUCUUGGAGGAAAAUCCUACUGCUCGACAAGCCUUGGCCAUGUCGGGUCGGGAAGAAUACGAGAUGAAGAACUUGAGUUCAUCAAGACCCAACAAGAUCAAGACCGACGGUGCUGAUGAUGAGGAUGCCGAUGACAUGUAG